AUGAAGUUUCUCCUAUUGAUUCCAGUCCUGCAAGCCACUGCUUCUGGAGCUGUUCCUCUGUUCCCUGUUGAAAACCUGGAAGAAAAUGAGUUGAUGUUUGCUGAAAAAUACUUGGAAACCUUUUAUGACUUCCAUAUGGAAAAAACUCCAAUGAUAAAAAUGAAAUUCACUGAGAACUUCAUGGAGAAUAAAAUCCAGGAAAUGCAGCAGUUCUUGGGGCUAAACAUGACCAGGCAACUGGAUACAUCCACUCUGGAGAUGAUGCACACCUCUUGGUGUGGCAUGCCUGAUGUUCGUCAUUACAGUACAAUGACAGGGAGGCCAGUAUGGAAGAAACAUCAUAUCCCCACGAGUAAUAUUAAUUUCACUCCUGACAUGGUGCGCGAGGAUGUCAACUAUGCCAUCCAGAAAGCUUUUCAAGUAUGGAGUGAUGUGACACCCUUGAAAUUCAGACAGAUUUAUGAAGGCAAGGCUGAGAUUAUGAUGUCUUUUGCACAUGGAGCUCAUGGAGACCCCUAUCUGUUUAAUGGUAGAGGUGGAGACAUAGCCCAUGCUUUUGCACCUGGACCUGGUAUUGGAGGAGAUGUACAUUUUGAUGAGGAUGAAUUCUGGACUAAAAGCUACAAAGGCAUAAACUUGUUUCUUGUUGCUGUUCAUGAGACUGGUCAUUCCUUGGGUCUUCAACAUUCCAAUGAUCCAAAGUCCAUAAUGUUUCCCACCUACAGUUAUGUCAACACCAACACAUUUCACCUCUCUACUGAUGACAUACGUGGCAUUCAGUCCCUUUAUGGAGGUCCAGAAAAGUACCAAUCCAUGCCACCUCCUGAUGGUACAAACCCAAAUAUCUGUGACCCCAACUUGAGUUUUGAUGCUGUCACUACAAUCGGAAAUAGAAUCCUUUUGUUUAAAGACAGGUUCUUCUGGUGGAAGUUUCCUGAGUUACCAAGGAGCAGUUUUAAUCUAAUUUCUUCCUUCUGGCCAACGUUGCCAUCUGUCAUUCAAGCCGCUUAUGAAAUUAGAGCCAGAAAUCAAGUUUUUCUUUUUAAAGAUAACAAGUACUGGCUAAUCAGCCAUUUAAGACCACAGCCAAAUUAUCCCAGGAGCAUACAUGUUCUGGGCUUCCCUGACUCUGUGAAAAAAAUUGAUGCAGCUGUUUUUAACCCAUUUAUCUAUAAAACUUACUUCUUUGUAGAUAAUCAGUAUUGGAGGUAAGAUGAGAGGAGACAAUCUAUGGACCACAGUUAUCCCAAACUGAUAACAAAGAACUUCCAAGGAAUUGGGCCUAAAAUCGAUGCAGUCUUCUUUUCUAAAAGUAAGUAGAUUAUGACAUGAUACUACUAUUUCUUCCAAGGAUCUAACCAACUUGAAUAUGACAUUCAGUCUGAUCUUGUCACCAAUAGACUAAAAAGCAAUAGUGGGUUUGGUUGUUAGAAAUGGUAUAAUCAAUGAUGCUUGUCAAUUCACUUCAGGUUAAUAAGUAUUUAUUGCAUACUUGCUAUGCACUCAGUGAUAUGUUUCAUAAAAAAGGUAAAAUCUAGGUCAUAGAUACAUAAUUAUAAAAAUAAGUAUUUUCAGUUUUGAAAACCCUUAGGAUAUGGUCAUUUCAUUGUCAGUUUUUACUUGACUGAGUUUGAAAAUAGAAAC